AUGCCCUACCAGGCUCUGGGGAUGGACAGUGAACUAUUUUUACCAGUCCUGCAGCACUUUGUAAAACAUGAAAGGACUACAAAGGAACAUCCUAAGCUUAUGAUUCUUGACAAUCAUGAAAGCCACACAAGCAUAGCAGGAAUAUCAUAUGCAAAAGAAAAUGCAGUUAUUUUGCUUGCUUUGCCUCCUCACACAAGCCAUACGCUCCAGCCUCUGGAUGUGGGAGUUCUUGCAUCUUUCAAGAAGUUCUGUAAUACAGAAUGUUGUGAUCUUAUGGCAGAUACAGGAAGAUCUAUCACAAUCUAUGAUGUUGCUGGACUGGUUGGCAGAGUUUUUCCCCUUGCAUUCACCAGCCGAAACAUAUGCAGUGGUUUUUGGGCAUGUGGUAUUGAACCACUAAACAGUGGUUUAUUUAACUAA